AUGUCUGCUUCCAUUGCUGAUCUACCAAAAAUCCCAGUCGAUAUUGCUGAGGCGGUGACCGGAAAAGUCGAACUUCGCAAAGUUGAGACCCAGGAGAAGAACGUUUUGCCUACUAAAGAAGAUGUUGUUCAAGAACGCCAACACGUGGAAAUGAUGAAUGGCAUUGAAAACUUCUCAGCCAACCAAUUGAACAAAACUGAAACCCAGGAGAAAGUUGUUCUACCAUCUUCUGAUGACAUAAAGGCGGAGAAAACUCAUCAAGAACUCACUCAAGGUAUUGAGUCUUUCUCUCCUGAAAAGCUAAAGCAUACAGAAACUUCUGAAAGAGUCGUUUUGCCUUCCAAAGAAGAUUUGGCUCGUGAAAAGACUAUGGACUUGGCUGCUCAAUUCGAUCAUAACAAGCUUCGACAUGUUGAGCCAACCAUUAAGAACACCAUUGAGGUUAUCGAGCAGUGA